GAUUACAAAUCGGUAUUGUUCCAAUCCAAAACAAGGUUAUGUACUUCAACACAAUCUGUAAAGCGAAAAACUCCAAAGUUUUAGCGCCUUCCUUCGCUAGAACGCUCAUUGUUUAUUAACAACGAUCCGUGCAUUUAUAUAAACGAAAACGUAAAUUGUUACACCACUUCUCGAUAACGAAAUUUAGACGCGACUCGCGUUUUGCCGGCUAUUCGUAACGUGUAUGUGUGCGGUGCAGUCUCAUUGUCAGUUGCCUCUCUUUUAGCUCUUAAUCGGCAUAUCAAUUAGUUCCUCUGUGUAUACAUAUCACAUAUGUGUAUGUGUUUCUUUUGUUGCUAGUGUUCGGGUCGGGUGAAGAUCCUUCUUUGUUUGUACCAGCAAUAUCGCAUAAAAAUGUCCAAAGUAAUUACGGUUCGAGUUUGUGUGGACCCGGAAGACCACAAAUUCCACAAAAAGGAUGAAGCAGAUGAAAACGACCAAGACUUUGUCGAAACAACGCCUUCCAUAUGCUUGGAUGAACCUGAUGAGAAUGAUUCAAUCAUGAAAUGGGCGAAAUCAAAUAUCAACGAAGAUCCCGACUUCAAGAUUCAAAUAAUUGAAGAAUUUAGAAAUAUGAUCUUUGAAAAAGGAGAAUGUGAUCCAGACAGAACUGACGAUGCCUAUUUGUUGAGGUUUUUGAGGGCACGCCAUUUUAUUAUACGAAUGGCACACAGACUGAUUGUAAACCACGAAAACUUUAAAAAAUCUUAUCCGGAAUUCUUUACCGAUUUGGAUUAUAUGAAAAUUUGGGAUAUAGGAGAAACUGAAAUUUUCAGUAUACCGCCUUAUGUUGACAAAGAGGGCAGGAGAAUGUUGAUUGUACGAUUUGGAAAAUGGGACCCGUCACAAUUUACGACAGACGAAUUGUUCCAGUCGAUCAUAAUGAUGAUUCAGAUUGCCAGUUUGGAACCAAAAUUCCAAAUUUUGGGCGGAGUCUGUAUAAUUGACGCUGCCGAUAUUGGAACUGGUCAAGCAUGGUACUUAACCCCCACUAUCAUCAAGCAUAUCCUAUCUGUUGCCUAUGGUGCCUUCCCUCAUCGAGUUCACGCAUUACAUAUCAUAAACGCAUCGAAAAUCUUUGAUUAUGCUUUUGGUAUGAUCCGGCCUUUUCUGUCGGUCAUCAUGAAACAAAGAAUCUUCAUCCAUUCGAAUUUUGACAGUCUACAUAAACACAUCGAACCAAAAUACCUACCAAAAAGGUACGGUGGGAUUCACAAAGACUACUUCUACAGAGACUGGUUAUCAGAACUGAAGAACUGCGAUCCUCUGAUAGAAGAGCUCGAAUUAUAUGGAUACGAAGGUUGCCGAGAAUUCAUAGAAAAUAUUUGAUACUUAUAUACGUUUUUAUAGUGUCGUAACGCUUAUCAAACACACCGCUGUUUUAAUUGUAAAGUACAAUAAAGAGUGACAAUAUUUUUUGAUAGACACCUAUAUAUAUUUUAUAUCUUUCUGAAAUAUAGGUACAUAUAUUUAUACAUUUUUAUACAUAUCUCAGAUAAAAUACCAUGUAUAGUCUGUCCAGCGAGAGAAUAUGCCAGAGUGACAGUUGUAUGUCAAUAUAAUUCAAAAAUCCUUUUUUAUUCUUACAAUUUUGAAUGUUGUUUGUCAAAAUCGCCCUAUCUCUCAAAGGAUAAACUUAAUAUUAUGCUGUACUUGUUAAAUAUAAGGUAAAAUUUACUAAAUAAUGAUUGAAAUAUAGGUACUUAAUUUUGCAUCUUUAUACAGAUUCUGAAAUAAAAUAACAUGUAUAUAA